AUGUGGAUUCGGAGCUUUUUAAUCGGCCGCUCUCAAACCGUCCACGUCGGUGACCAACAAUCUGCCGAGGUUGCCGUUAAGAGUGGUGUUCCCCAAGGCUCCGUUCUUGGCCCUACGCUGUUCCUCGUAUACGUCAAUGACUGCGCAAACGAACUGAAUUGCGAUGUUGCAAUGUUUGCCGAUGACAUAAAGAUUUGGAGUACCAUACGAAGCGAAGUUGACGAGGCGCGACUGCAGACAUGUCUGGACUACCUCGAGCAAUGGUCGAAAGACUGGCUUCUACCGUUCAACGUAAACAAGUGUACUUUCCUACGCGUCGGCAGAAGCAGUUCUCCUAACCACACGGUCUACCGUCUGACUGGCAAACCACUGCAAGAAGUCGACGCCCAGAAGGACUUGGGUGUAUGGAUCACAACGUCGCUUAAGCCUUCGCUGCAAUGUUCAAAGGUGGCCAAGUCGGCGAUGUCCAUGCUAUACCUUGUCAAACGGGCGUUCUCCUCCUUUGAUGAAGACUGCUUCGCCAAGGUCUUUCAAACUUUUGUGCGACCGCAUCUGGAGUUUGCUAUCCAAGCAUGGCGACCCUGGACCGCUAAAGACUUGGGCAUACUCGAAAAAGUUCAACGGCGAGCAACGAAACUUGUAUCUGGGCAGUGGUCACUACCCUACGAAACGCGAUUAGCUAAUCUUGACCUCUUUCCUUUGAGUUACAGACAGCUACGUGGGGACCUGAUACAAGCUUUCCGCAUCGUGCGCAAUCAGGGCUGCUGCCUCGCGUUUGGAGAAUUCUUCGAGUUGGCGACUACGACUAACCUGAGAGGCCAUCCACUCAAACUGCGUGUGGCUGGCGCCCGGCUAGACACACGAAAGUUCUUCUUCUCAAACAGAGUGGUUGCAGCUUGA